AUGAUGAAUAAUGAUAUUCAUUCGAAAAGUUUUGAGAAUAAAUUUCUUCGAACAACAGAAGAUUUUUUUCGUUCAAAAGAAUUUCCCGUUAUCGAAUCAAAUGAUAAACUGUUGGAAUAUUUAAAAAUGGUAGCAGAAUACUUUAAUUAUGAAAUCAUUCAAGCGAGAACUUAUCUUGAAAAAAAAUCAACAUUAUCAACAUUGAUAUUCUUAGCAGAAACAAUAUUUUUUCCAACUGAUAUUCUCAAUAUUAUUGUAGGAAAACUUAUAGUAUUCGUAUCAGAUGAGAAUAAUUAUCAGGAACUAACUAUGUUAUUUGAACCAAUUCAUAAAUCACCAGAAUUCAAAAAUGAAUUUUUGAAGUUAAUUGAAACUCACGUUUAUCAAAAAGCAAUUGAGUCUAUCAGUGACGAUCUAAUUAAUAAUCCAUUGUCCUACAUUGAAACAAUUCUUAAUAUUCAUGCAAAAUAUCUAAAACUUAUCCAGGAAACCUUUGUAGGGGACCAAAGUUUUGUUGUUGCUUUCGAUAGAGGUUAUGCUAAAUUUAUCAAUCAAAAUCCAGUAUCAAAAAGGAUUAGUAUCACAAUGACAUUAGCAGAAAUUCUCGCUCGAUAUUGUGAUACAUCACUCAGAAAAGGAAAUAAAGCUGUACAAAAUGACGAAUGGAAUGAAAAGCUGAAUAAUAUAAUAAUUAUUUUUAGUUAUCUCAAUGAUAAAGAUGUUUUUAUGAAAUUCUAUCAGAAAAUGUUACGAAAACGUUUGAUUGAUCAAUUAAGUGUAUCAGAGUCUUAUGAAGAAACAUUAAUUUCAGAAUUUAAAAAAAAAUGUGGAUAUGAAUAUACAUCAAAACUUGAACAAAUGAUGAAAGAUAUUCGUUUAAGUGAAGAUUUAACUAAACAAUAUCGAACUCAUCAGAAAAAUACAUAUGGAAAUGAAAUUAAUUUGUUUUCGGUUAUGGUUCUUAGUUCAAACUGUUGGUUAUUUUCUCAACCAUCUGAUAUAAUUUUACCAAUCGAAUUCAAAACUAUAUAUGAUAAUUUCACAACAUUUUAUCUUAGUAAACAUACUGGUCGAAAACUGACAUUACUUCAUCAAUAUUCCAAAGGAGAAUUACAAAUAAAUUUUACAACAAAAAAACAUCGAAUACAGGUGUCAACAUAUCAAAUGAUGAUUUUAUUAUUAUUCAAUCAAGAAUUAAUUUGGACAUUUGAACAAAUUCAAGACAAAACACAAAUCUGUUCGGAGUUAUUAUUCGAGAUUCUUUCAGGGUUGUUGAAAAACAAAUUAUUAAUAACUGACGAUUCUCGUACAUCGAAUAGUCGAAUUAAACUGGCACAAAAUUUCAUAAGACCUAACGAACAAAAAGAUGAAAGUCAUUUAAUGAAAAUAACGAUUGACGAACGCCAAAUGGUUAUUCAAGCUACUCUCGUUGGAAUAAUGAAAAAAGAACGAACACUAAAACAUUCAUUAUUAAUACAAGAAGUUAUUCAACAAUUUACUUCAAAUUUUAAACCAGAUAUAUCUUUAAUCAAAAAGUAUAUCGAAAUAUUAAUUGAGAAAGAAUAUUUUCGACGAGAUUCAAAAGACAAAGAUACGCUACAUUAUUUGGCUUGA